ACCUUAGACAUUACCCUUGGACAUUACGGUUCCAAGAAACACGGCGACGAAUUAUUCGAUGUAUUAGAAUUUCAUAAAUUUAUCGUGAAAAAUCAAAAUAAAAUGGUUAAAAGAUGUCAAUGGGGACUAUGCAAGUCAGAUUCUCGUUUCCCUGAUCGAUUGGUAGGGGAAAUCAAGUUUAUUCCGUUUCCGAAGCCUAAAAGAAACCGUGAAAGGUGCCUACGCUGGAACAAGGCUUGUGGACGUCCUCACGAUCAACUAAAUGUAGAGAAAAUUGACGGGAAUUAUAAUUUAUAUGUGUGCACUAAGCAUUUCCCUGAAGGAGGGCCAUCUGAGCAAUACCCCGACCCUUAUCCAGCAGACAGUUGUACAGGUUCAGCAGCUAAGCACACACCAUGCAGAGCUCCACCAAAACCUAGACCUAUGUCAGAGCCUCCCAAAAAGCGGCGCAAAAUCCUAUCACAAUUACAAUCUUAGUGAGUAUUUACACAUACAUGUAAACAUGUAUAUUAAUCAUAACUUAAACAAUAUUCAAGUGUUAAAUGUGCAUAAAUACCUGUAGGUAAACUUUAUUAUAACAGUAACAUUUUUAAAAGUUAAUUUGAUACUUAUAAUUGUAAAAGUUUAACAAGAGAUACAUGUACAUUUUUUGCCAAAAUAAGAAUAUUCUAUUGAAUCAUAAGGUAAUUGUGAUAAUAUGAUUUGAACUGAUAAAUAUUUCAGUGAUGAAGAAAAUAGCCAGCAAUACAACUUUCAAGGAGUAACAACAGAUCAACCUCAAUCUGUAACAAA